UGUGUUUGUUGUCAUUCUUCAAUUAAGAAACUUCUAGAGUGUUAUUUAGUGUAAAAUAUUGGGCACAGAGAGUUUCAGUGGUCUGUUUAGUCUAUCAUUGUAGCAGCAGUGAGUGAAGGAGAAAAACUCUUUGUGUUUGUGUGUGUGUAUGUAGAUAUAUAUUUGAACUUAUAUUAUAUAUGAUUGUUUCUGAUGGUGAUUUUUUUUUUCUAAAUUUACAGAAAGAAUUUUGCUCACCUGUCAUGCUUGCUUACUCGUAAAGGUUGGUAUGUGCUUAAAGGUGCUGCUCCUCUCAUGUUUCAGGGUUUUAUGCUUCUUCAGCUACAUUGGACUUAUCAUCAUGGAAGCACGCAGGGGCGGAGCCAGUGUAUGCCCGGGGGGGCACUUGCCCUCCUAGCUUGCUUACACAAUGGAAGUGAAUGAGAAAUGCGACGUUUAUAGCUUUGGAGUGCUGGUGCUGGAAGUGAUCAUGGGAAAGCAUCUAGGCGAGUUCAUCUCCUCUCUAUCAUCGCCAUCAUCAUCAGCCUCAUCAUCAUCAGCAUCACCACCACCGCCACCACCGACAUUGCUUGUCCGAGAUACAUUCUUGAAGGAUGUGUUGGAUCAACGUCUUUCAUCUCCAACAGAACAAGUGGCUGAGGAAUUGGUCUUUAUUGCCAAGCUAGCUUUAGCAUGCUUGCAUGUCAGUCCGCAAUCGCAGCCAACAAUGGGAAAAGUCUCCACAGAGCUAUCAAAACAAAGGCCAACUAUGCGUAAUCCAUUCUACAUGAUUACAAUAGGACAACUAUUUGAUAUUGGAUCUUCAUCAGUCAUGACCAUUUUUGCAUAUUUUUAGUUUUUAUUGUCAUGUUUAUUGUUAAAUGAUAUAAAUAUAAAA